AUGAAGGAUCUAGGUGAGCUCAGAUACUUCUUAGGAAUUGAAGUGAUGAGAUCAGAUAAAGGCAUUCUCCUAAACCAAAGAAAGUAUGCAUUGGAGCUGAUUUCAGAGGUUGGGUUGAGUGGUUGCAAGCUAGUCUCAACACCUAUGGAGCAAAAUCACAAACUUACCACUAUUGACUAUGACAAGCAUGUUGGUAAUACUGGAGAUGCUCUGCUGGAAGAUACUUGUAGUUAUCAGAAACUAAUUGGUAAACUGCUAUAUCUGACAAUUACAAGGUCGUACAUAUGCUUUGCAGUCCACGUACUGAGCCAGUUUAUGCAAUCUCCGAAGGAGUCCCACAUGGAAGCAACAUUAAGAGUGGUCAGAUACAUCAAAGGAAGCCCUGGACUAGGAAUCCUUUUGAGCAGUGGACAAACCAAGACUCUCACAGUAUACUGUGAUUCAGACUGGGCAGCAUGCCCAAAUACAAGAAGAUCUGUCACUGGUUACGUGGUUAAACUGGGAGAUUCAUUGUUAUCUUGGAAGUCAAAGAAACAACAAACAAUGAGUAGAAGCUCUGUAGAGGCAGAAUACAGAAGCAUGGCAGCAGCUAUUACAGAAGCAAUAUGGAUGACAUGCUUACUAAAGGAGCUAAGCAACAAUGUAGAAGAACCUGUACACCUACAUUGUGUAGCAAAGCAGCUCUACAAAUAG